AUGACGUUUUUUGACCUUUGUUUUAAAUUUCUUUCUUUUUCCUUCUUUCUAUUUGACAUAUUAUUCUACUUUUCUCUUUUUGUUGCUAUUAGAAAUCUCCAAAUCCUUUUUUUACUUUUUUCUUUUUUACAAAUCUUCUUCUUUCUUUUUUUCUACCUUUCUUUCUUUCUACAAAUCCUUUUCUUUCUAAAAUUUCUUUUCUUUCUUUCUUUCUACAAAUCCUUUUCUUUCUUUCUAAAAUUUCUUUCUUUCUUUCUACAAAUCCUCUUCUUUCUUUUUUCUAUCUAUCUUUCUUUCUUUUUAAAAUUUCUUUUCUUUCUUUCUUUCUUUCUUUCUUUCUUUCUUUCUUUCUUUCUUUCUUUCUACAAAACCUUUUCUUUCUUUCUUUCUUUCUUUCUUUCUACAAAUCCUCUUCUUUCUUUCUUUCUUUCUUUCUUUCUUUCUACAAAUCCUUUUCUUUCUUUCUUUCUUUCUUUCUUUCUUUCUACAAAUCCUUUUCUUUCUUUCUUUCUUUCUUUCUACAAAUCCUUUUCUUUCUUUCUUUCUUUCUUUCUUUCUUUCUACAAAUCCUUUUCUUUUCUUUCUUUCUUUCUUUCUUUCUUUCUACAAAUCCUUUUCUUUCUUUCUUUCUACAAAUCCUUUUCUUUCUUUCUUUCUUUCUUUCUACAAAUCCUUUUCUUUCUUUCUUUCUUUCUUUCUUUCUACAAAUCCUUUUCUUUCUUUCUUUCUUUCUUUCUUUCUUUCUUUCUUUCUUUCUUUCUUUCUUUCUUUCUACAAAUCCUCUUUCUUUCUUUCUUUCUUUCUUUCUUUCUACAAAUCCUUUUUUCUUUCUUUUCUUUCUUUCUUUCUUUCUUUCUUUCUUUCUUUUCUUUCUUUCUUUCUUUCUUUCUUUCUUUACAAAUCCUUUUCUUUCUUUCUUUCUUUCUUUCUACAAAUCCUCUUCUUUCUUUCUUUCUUUCUUUCUUUCUACAAAUCCUUUUCUUUCUUUCUUUCUUUCUUUCUAGAAAUCCUUUUCUUUCUUUCUUUCUUUCUUUCUACAAAUCCUCUUCUUUCUUUCUUUCUUUCUUUCUUUCUUUCUUUCUUUCUUUCUACAAAUCCUUUUCUUUCUUUCUUUCUUUCUUUCUUUCUUUCUACAAAUCCUUUUCUUUCUUUCUUUCUUUCUUUCUACAAAUCCUCUUCUUUCUUUCUUUCUUUCUUUCUUUCUUUCUUUCUUUCUACAAAUCCUUUUCUUUCUUUCUUUCUUUCUACAAAUCCUCUUCUUUCUUUCUUUCUUUCUUUCUUUCUUUCUACAAAUCCUUUUCUUUCUUUCUUUCUUUCUUUCACUUGUUUGUAAAUUUUGUUCUUUUCUUGUGUCAUUCUGUUUUAUCUUUAAACUUCAUUCCCUUUGUUUUUUUUUCUUUGGUUUUAUUUCUUGCUCUUUCUGUCAAAUCUUACUCUUUCUUUCUUCCUUCCUUCACAGGUUACUCAUCCAUUUCUUUCUUAUUCAUCCAAUUCACUUUCUUUCUUUUUUUCUUUCUCCGUUUUCGUCUUGCUUGCUCUUUUUGUCAAGCCUCUUUUCUUUUCUUUUCUUUCUUUCUUUCUUUCUUUCUUUUCAUGCUAUGGCAUGUUUCUUUCUUUCUCCAAAAGUUAUUUUAUUUUUUAAAUUUUGCUUCAAAAUUCUUUAGCGAUUCAUCUUCUUAUUUGUAUGCCGAUAAUCGUUCUGUCGAUUCUUUCCCUUCUUACGUUUUUCUUUUCUUUCUUGGAAUAGAGACGGGAAGGAAAUCAGCCGAUGAGUUCUACUCCGUUAAUAUCUAUCUAUCUAUCUAUCUAUCUACGUUAAUUUUGUUUCUAUCUAUCUAUCUAUCUAUCUAUCUAUCUAUCUAUCUAUCUAUCUAUCUAUCUAUCUAUCUAUCUAUCUACGUUAAUUUUGUUUCUAUCUAUCUAUCUAUCUAUCUAUCUAUCUAUCUAUCUUUCUAUGUAUCUAUCUAUCUAUAUCUUAAUAUUCAGAUAUCUAUCUAUCUAUAUCUAUCUCAGUUUUUCUUUCUUUCUUUCUUUCUUUGUCUUAUUUAUAUUAUGUCUAUAUUUCUUUCUUUUUCUUUGUUCUUUUCACUUUUAAUCCGUUUUUUAUCACGUCAUUCGUUUUCUUUCUUUCUUUUUCUUUCUUUCUUUUUUCUUUUUCCUUUAUUUUCCUUUUCAUUUAUAUUACGUCUUUCUUUUUUCUAUUCUCUUCACUUUUUUUUAUCCUUUUCUGAAUCAUUCGUUCCGUUUCUUUAUUUAUUUACCGUAUAA